UUUCUGUCGCUCACAAUUGGACACGUACGGAAAAGCCACAAGUUAAUUUGCUUUCCUUGCUAAUGCGCGGCGCGUGAGCACGAAGCCCCUCGUCCGCAAGUUGACUUUUUCUCCGUUGAAUUUGUCUUGGGCUCGACGUGCGACUUUCUUUUGGACCUCGGAACACUUUGGGAACGCUCAGCAAAAUUCGAGCGACUCAGCUGACGCGUGUCACGUGACCACGUGCAAUCGCCCCGUUUGCUUCCCGCAGAUGAACCGCAACCGAUCGGAGCGAGCUUCCUCCCCUUUAGAUACCGAAGAUGGAAGAGAAAAUAUGUGCAAAGGCGGUGCCGUGGCGGCGCCCCCUGAAGGAGGAGAUGAGCUGCACGUCUUGGUGGUGAGGUGGCGCGAAGUGGGCUGCCAAUGGGAGGCGCCGGCGGGCGCGACCAGCGAGGUCGGCUGUCAGAGCGACGUCGCGGAAAGUCGAGACGUCGCCGUGCAGGCGGACGUGCUGACUCGGCGCUUGUGCUGGCGACGCACAGGCGCGUCGGGGGCAUCGGCUCGCCGUCCGGCGCUGCGAGCCGGAAGCGAAAUGUUGAGAAACGCUGCCAAAAUGGAGGCGGCUUCCCCCUCGCCACCGCUGUCUGUUACGCGGCCGCAGAGGGUUCGACGUCCUCCCAGGUGGCGAGAAGACCUGCAGACGACGACGACGGCGUCGUCCGAACCUCCGUCUGGAGGGCCGGAGGCGGACCGGCAGGCGUGCGCCUCGACGGAGGAGGAGGAGGAGGAGGAGGAGGAGGAGACGACGACGACGACGACGGCGGCGGCGGCGGAGGGAGGUGCGGCGGCGGAGAACCUCGUGUGCGACGUCUGCGGUCAGGUCAUGAAGAACAAGUCGAGCCUGGCCCGCCACUCCUUCAUCCACACGGGCCAGAAACCCUUCGCGUGCCCUCUGUGUGACCUUCGCUUCAACCGCCGCGACAACCUCAGCCAUCACGUCAGCCGCCUGCACCCGGGGGGCGUGGCCCGGCGCGAGCGGCGGCGCCCGGCCCAGACGUGGCUCUGCGACGUCUGCGGCAAAACCUUCAGGUGCAGGUCGGCGCUCAAGACUCACGAGGUCAUCCACCUGGGGGUCAAACCCCACCGCUGCGACCUUUGCCCUAAGGCCUACAUGCGCACCAACGACCUGGAGCACCACAAGACCACGGUGCACGGCGACGGCGACGGGGAAGACGACGCCCGGCGCCGCUCGGGCUCCCUGUUGUGUCACUUCUGCGGCAAAGAGCUGAAGUUCCGCUCGCAGCUCGCGGCGCACCUCCAGACGCACACGGAUGAGCGGCCGCACCUCUGCGACGUCUGCGGGCGCAAGUUCUGCCGUCGCUACCAACUGGAGCGCCACAAGCUCCUGCUGCACGCCGACGGCGCCCCCUCCUCCGCCGCCGCCGACGGCUCGCUCUCGUGCAACGUGUGCGGCAAGCGUCUGAAGACCGAGGCGCUCCUCGCCGCCCACUCGCGCGUGCAUUCGGGUGACAAGCCCUUCCGUUGCGGAUUGUGCCUACGCCGCUUUGUGCGCCUCGCCUGCCUCAGGCAGCAUCACGCCCGCGUUCACCUCAAGGAGGGCGGCAGGGCGGCGGCGGCGGUGCGCGCCGCUAGCCCGCGCGCCCCCAAGGCCUUCCCCUGCGCCACCUGCGGCAAAGUUUUCAAGUUCCAGUCGCUGUUGAACAAUCACGCGGCCGUGCACAGCGACGAGCGGCCGCACGCCUGCGACUUCUGCCCGCGCCGCUUCCGCCGUCUCGGCCACCUUAAGAGGCACCGACGGGUGGUCCACCGCGACGGCGCCCGCCUGCCGCAGACCUUCGUGUGUCACAUCUGCGGCAAGGACAAGAAGUGCCGCUCGCAGCUGGCGCGCCACGUCAUCAUCCACACGGGCGAGCGCCCCUUCGCCUGCGACCUGUGCGCCGCGCGUUUCAAUCGCCUCGGCAACCUGAGGCAGCACAGGAAGCGCGUGCACGGCGUGGACCGCCCGCCCGAAGACGGCGAGCCGCCGCCGCCGCCGCUCUUCCAAGACCUCGACCUCGACGUUGACCUCGCCUUCAAACGAGAAGAGGUUGUGGCUGUGCCCGCGGGUGACCCAUAAAUAAUAAUCGGAGGCUCGGCAAGAACGCCCACCGUCAUGCGCGGCCCAGCCGAGGGGAGGGGCGGGGCGGGGCGCGCCCCGGACCGGCGCCUGACCAAUAGCGGCGCGCGUAGAAGCGAAGCCGGCUGAUUGGGACGAUUCCAAAAGAAAUGUUUUCACGUGGCCGCUCCGAGCCGGGACUCAAACCCAGAAUCUGUCGACGACGAGAGAGCCGUACUCGCUAAUUCAUUUGUCCAAAGAUGCACAAAAUUGGAAUCAGUCCUUUAGAAGAGUCACACGGUUGCAACUUUUAUUUGAACUUUUUGAAUCUGAUGACAUCGUGAUGUUGAAAUAAAGGACGCUACUGAC